AUGUCUACCGCUCUUGAUAAGUCCCUCGACGAGAUUAUUGCCAACGGCAGAGGCCCCCGCCGCGCUAAGGGCAACAAGGCGAAGAAGCAAGCUGGGAAGCUCAGAGGUUCUGGUACCACCAAGACUGCGGGGAUCUCCAAAAAGCAGCAACAACAGAUUUCCAAGAAGGCGGUCGCUCAGCUCUCGCAAAAGGCCGCCUCUUAUGACGCUUCCUACGCGACCAAGGUAAUUGUCACCGGGUUGCCUAAGGACUUGACCAAGCACAUGAUUCAGGAAUUUUUCGACUCGCAAGUUGGCGGUGUCAAGCAAAUUUUGAUGACUUUCAACGAAAAGGGCAAGUUCGUUGGUAACGCCACCAUCCACUUCCACAAGAACAAGCAAGCUGUGCUUGCCGUGGAAAAGUACAACAACGCUCCCAUCGACGGUGGCUCGUCUAAGCUUAAGCUUGAAUUGGUGAUUGACCCCAGCAUGCGCCCUCUUGCCACCCGUAUCGCUGCCAACGCCCCUCAACCCACCGCGGCUGAAGUUCAAGCUAAGGCCCAAACGAAGAAGUUGAAGAACUUGAGAAAGAAGGCCCAAAAGAAGAAGAAGACUAAGGCCGCCCCUGCCACCGCCGAAGAAUUGGACAAGGACAUGGACGCUUACAUGGCCGAAUCCAACUAA